CCUAAACCUAGGGUCUUCUUCAUCCGCUCUCAGUCUCUCCGUGUAAAGACCUCUUCUUUGCUUUCCCCAGUUAAAGACUGCGAUUCGCCACUGAGCUCCGAGUUCAGGGCUCUGUCCCUCUACGGCGGUAGAAAUGGAGUCUCCACCUCCUCGGCUAUGGCCACGGAGGCUCAGCUCUCGACCCAAGACGACAAAUUGAAGGAUGCCCAGAUGGAGGUAGCUGAUAAGCCUGAGAAAGUCGUGCUUCCAACCAACGGGUCCUCCGAAAGCCUCAUCAGAAUUCGACACACGUGUGCACACGUGAUGGCCAUGGCUGUUCAGAAGCUCUUCCCGGAUGCAAAAGUGACAAUUGGUCCGUGGAUAGAAAAUGGGUUCUAUUAUGAUUUUGAUACGGAGCCUUUGACGGACAAAGAGUUGAAGAGAAUCAAGGAGAUGGAUCGCAUCAUUGGUAGAAACUUACCACUCAUAAGAGAAGAAGUUUCAAGAGAUGAAGCUCACAAAAGAAUAACUGCUCUCAACGAAACAUACAAAUUGGAAAUUUUGGAUAGUAUUAAAGAAGAUCCCAUUACCAUAUAUCAUAUUGGUAAGGGUUUCACUAUUUUCAGGCUCAAUAUAGUAUGGAAGGUGAUGAUUUAAUGUGCAGGAACUGUGCGUAAAUGAUAUUUUUAUUAGCUACACAAGUGAAAUGUACAAUGUUUGUCUUGAGUCUUAA